CGGCCCGCGGGAAGCACAGCCGUGCGCGCCCCGGAGCCAGGUCCGGGUGGGCUGCGGUCCGCGCGCCGCCGCGCCGUCCUGUUGGAAGAGGGAGGGGCUGGCGCAGCCAUGUUUGUGGCGCGCAGCAUCGCGGCGGACCACAAAGAUCUCAUCCACGAUGUGUCUUUCGACUUCCACGGGCGGCGGAUGGCCACCUGCUCCAGUGACCAGAGCGUCAAGGUCUGGGAUAAAAGUGAAAGUGGGGAUUGGCAUUGCACUGCUAGCUGGAAGACACAUAGUGGAUCUGUGUGGCGUGUGACAUGGGCCCAUCCUGAAUUUGGACAGGUUUUGGCUUCCUGUUCUUUUGACCGAACAGCUGCUGUCUGGGAAGAAAUAGUAGGAGAAUCGAAUGAUAAACUGCGUGGACAGAGCCAUUGGGUCAAGAGGACAACGCUAGUGGACAGCAGAACAUCCGUUACUGACGUGAAAUUUGCUCCUAAGCAUAUGGGUCUUAUGUUAGCAACCUGCUCAGCAGAUGGUAUAGUCAGAAUCUACGAGGCACCAGACGUCAUGAAUCUCAGCCAGUGGUCUCUGCAACAUGAGAUUUCAUGCAAGCUAAGCUGUAGUUGUAUUUCUUGGAACCCUUCAAGCUCUCGUGCUCAUUCCCCCAUGAUUGCUGUAGGAAGUGAUGACAGCAGCCCAAACGCAAUGGCCAAGGUUCAGAUUUUCGAAUAUAAUGAAAACACCAGGAAAUAUGCGAAAGCUGAAACCCUCCUGACAGUCACAGAUCCUGUCCAUGAUAUCGCCUUUGCUCCAAACUUGGGACGGUCUUUCCACAUUCUUGCCAUAGCAACCAAAGACGUGAGAAUUUUUACAUUAAAGCCUGUGAGGAAAGAACUUACUUCCUCUGGUGGGCCAACAAAAUUUGAAAUCCAUAUAGUGGCUCAGUUUGAUAAUCAUAAUUCUCAGGUCUGGCGAGUGAGUUGGAAUAUAACAGGGACAGUGCUGGCAUCUUCAGGAGAUGAUGGCUGUGUCAGGUUGUGGAAAGCUAAUUAUAUGGACAACUGGAAGUGUACUGGUAUUCUGAAAGGUAAUGGGAGCCCUGUCAAUGGGAGCUCUCAGCAGGGAAACUCAAAUCCUUCCCUAGGUUCAAAUAUCCCAAAUCUUCAGAAUUCAUUAAACGGAUCUUCUGCUGGCAGAAAGCACAGCUGAGUACCAGCUAACUGGAGUAACUUUGCUGUUUUGCUGCUUGUUGCAUGCACACAGGAAUGGGAAGCAAGCUCCUUUUCCCCUUCCCCAGCGCCGUUUGACCUCUCCCAAGAUACACCAACAGCCUGCUUACUACUAAACGCAGUCCAAAAGGCCUUUAAAAAUACAGUGUAUAUCAUUUUUUUGUGCUAGCCAGUUUAUUGACAUUAUUUGAAACUUUUGAAAUAUAAAUGGAGAGGCUUUUUGUUGAGACAUUGUCACCAAAACAAUUUUUUGAAAUGUUUCUGAAACGAACAUGGGAUUUAAAAUUAAAGAAUUGUUACCAUCCUCAUUGCUAGUUGGGAGGAGGGAAAAUAUCACUUUAUUCCAUCUGGAGACUAUAUAUAGACUUAUGUCUUUUAUUUUCUAAAACAGUAAGCUAAAAUGAAUUUUUAUAAUUUUAAUUUGAAGAUUGAAUAUUUUUCAUAAAGAUUGUUUUGAGUGCUAAUUUGUUUACCUUUUGUAGAAUUGGUUUAUACAUGAUAUUAUUCAGUACAACUCUGUUAUUUCUUUGUAAUAUUUAAAAAGUAUUAGUGAAGGAGUGAGAGAAGUAGUAGUGAAAGUAACUUGACUGUACAGUUUGUAGCCAAACAACAUUUGGUAUUGCUUCAUUUAUAAUUUAGAAGUAAAAUGAAAACAUCUUAGUAAGUUUUCAGUUCAUAUUCACUAAAGAGAUAAAUGUUUCUAAUAUGUGCUUGUAUAUUUUUAUGGUGUGAUUUCAUGGCUUAAGUUUUCCUUCAAGUCAAAAUUUGGAAACAUAGUAUAAGAAGCAGAUAAAACUCUGUUAAAAUUGUGCAUGCAUGUUAACCUCCACAUUCCAUGUCCCAGGAUUUUCUUAAUUUUGUUGGCUGCUUCAUUUAGUUCAUAUCCUCUGAUGACAAAGCUAUAAAUCUUUUUUUGAGAAAAUGCUAAAGUAUUACGGGUAAGUUUUAAAAUGGCAGAAGAAUAACAAUAGGACAUAUUUUUGAGCCCUUUUACUUAUCAAAAUUUUGUACUAAUCUUUUUGCAGAAAAACAUCUAAGUACAUUCAAAGAUUGUGUUUCUUCAAAAGUAUGUUGCAGUAGCUGGCCAUACUAUGUGAAAGUCUAUCUGAAUUGGUCCUCAGUAUCAUGUAUGCACUAAAAAAUGUGCUGCUGCUACAAGUGAAGUGUUGCUUAAAGAAAAAGCUUAUUUGAUUUGUAAAUUACAGGAGAGCAUCAAUAUGUUUCUGAGAGACUAGAAAAUGUUUUAAAUUAUAAAAUUAAUGUCUUUUUUGUAACAUUCAUACUGAUAAUUUUUUUUAACAUUUUAAGUUUAACAGAUUGUAUUUCUUUUUUCAAGUUUCUAUACUUGCUUAAGUGAGCCUGAUUUGAGUAAGGGUCUUGAUUUUGCUAUUAUGUUCCGUUAGUUUUGGCAUGAAUAUAGUAAAGCUUUUUUUUCUAGCAU